AUGUCUUAACAAUUUACAAAAGGUAUAAAUUGGGGAUCAGCAUUUAAUGAUGACAAAUAUUUAACACUGAAAUAGAUUUAGAUCAAUUUAAUCAAAUUACUACUUAAAAAAGUGAUUAAUUCAAGUACUUAAAAAAAUGAUAUAGUAUUAUAAUGAUAACUGAUGAAUGUGGUGAAUUGUAUGGCUGUAAUGAUUAAUUAGUGAUAAUAUGGUAUGUGAAGCGAGAUUUUUAUUCCUCAUCAAGAACAAGUAAAUAUUUAAGUUAAAAUAGAAAAUCAAAUAAGAAAAAAAAAUAUCCAAUUAAGAUUUAGAUUAAGAAAAACUUGAUAAUUUAGGAGAAGAGCCAACAUUUUAAUAGAAAUUAUAAAAUGAAAUUGUAGAUAAAGCAAAAAUUGGAUAAAGUUUUGUUGACUCUAUACUUACAAUUCAUGAUGUUCCUCUAAUUGUGCCUAGGUAAUUUGUAUUUUUUUAUUUAAAAGGGGACAUUAUACUAUGGAUUUCUUUAAUAAGACAUUCGGUCUCAUGGAAAUACUUAUUACUGAUUAUAAAGGAAUCUCAAGUUUAUUUUUAUUGCUUAUGCCAGAUUAAUUUGUCACUUGUAAUUAGACUUGAACAUCCUUUUCGACAAGGAUAAACUGCAUACAAUUAUUUAGUUAUGCUAUUUAAAAAGGAUUAUGAAACUGAUAUUAAACUAAAAUAUUAGAGAAAUAUAGAGACAAUAAUUUGA